AUGAAUAAUAUGAUGGUUUCUCAGGUGCUGCUUCUGCUGAUCUGCGCCUGCUGGGGUACAAAAGCCCGGAUCAGUGAACUUACCUUGCAGUCUCAGUACCUGCGUGCUAUAAGCGCGUAUCGGCGAUUGGAGCGUAGCUUGCCGCCGCAGGAUUUACGUUCAUUGACCGCCUUAGGACUAUUAAAUGGAGCUCGUCAGACAGAACACCAAAUGGAGCAACAUCUGGUACAAGCAAUUAAGAAGUUCCUUCAACAGACUGACUUCCAGGCGAGCAGUCAAGUACUUCCCAAGAUUGAUGAGAUCGAAAAAGAACUAUUACGUGAUCAGCGAGCACUUAACAUUCUUGGCAGUGCCAUAGAUGUAAUAAGCAGUACUAAAAAUCAACAGCAGUUUCUCCAGGAGCUUCACAAUAUUCGCGAACAGCAAGCCAUUGAGCUUCAGCCACAAUCCGCAGAAGAGCCACAGCUGGGUGAACGAUUGGGACAAUUACGGCUCCACAUACUGGCGCAGGUUCCUCAAAUGAAGAUUGAUUUGGACACGAAGAUUAAAACCGCACUGCAGCAACUAAUGAAACAGGCAACUAAUGAUGGAAUUUUAGCCAAGUUUAGUCAAAAGGCUCUUCAUAAGCGGGCGGCAAAUGAGCAAUUGGGAGAAAAUCAAGGAGAUAAUCCUAAGGAAAUGCAUAAAAUCAAAUCCAUAAUGUCGGAGAUUGAUUUUCGAGAAAAUCUUGUGGAACAGCAAUUUGACAAAAGUGAUAACAAUAAUAAACAACCACAGUCAAAAGACGAUUUCGAUGAUAUGACACUGGAUAUUAAUUCGCAAAAUGUUACAGUUAAAAACAAUACAAAAAUAAACGGCACACAGGAAACUGGAGACGGUUUUUCGGAGCUUGGAGAUGACGACGCCGAUAAUGGAGGUGGUGGUGGCGGCGGUAUUGUUGGAAUCAUUGGCAGCUUGAGUGGCGGCGAAGGCGGAUCGGAUGUUGGCGCAUUGAUUGGUGCACUCACUGGCCUCAUAUCGACUCUGUUUGGCCCCGGUGGCUUGGACAUUGAGUCAUUGAUUAGUACAGCCACAUCGUUACUGGCCGGUCUGUUGUCGGGUAACAAGAAUUUUGGUGUCGUUCUGGGUCAAUACGUGGGUACCGCCUUUGAUGGCCUGUCUGGUGGAGGCGGAGCGAUCAACAAUGGACAGUUUCUUGGUCAUUUUUUUGGCACCGUGUUAGCAGCACUUAGCGCAGAUCCAGAGGAUGAAGGCCUGCCGCAGCCAUUGACAUUUACGAAGAAUUUCGUCAAUGGUUUUCUUGAGUCAAAGUUUAGGCCCAUGUCAGACGAGGCUUUGGAAGCACGACAUGGCAGCAGUGAGCUACCUCACCAAAAGAAAAAGGAAGGUGGUGUCGCUUCCUUCGACUCGGGAAUGUUUGUAAAGCAGAUUACAUCGCACUUGGUUAACAGAGCUUUGGGACUUUUGCUGAAUUCAUCGUUAGGUGCUUCUGGCGGUGCGUCACAAGCCUCAGCUGGUUUAUUUUCGAGCAGCAGCCAUCAUAUGAAGUCGGCCACGGGAGGAUCAUGAACGCAAUUUCAUAUAUACCCCUCGCAACCUCCCACACGCAUUCUCAAACACAUACCACAGGCUUAUUCCUUUGAAGGUCCAUCUCUUUUAUGGAUGAAAGACAGGUCACCUUCUUCUCUUUAAUUUAUCUGCUAGAG